CAAACGGUUGAGCAAAGUUGGCACUGCGUCCACUCAGCCCAUUUUUCCCCAUGUUUUUUCCGCAAGCUCCAAAUCUAGAUUUGGGAACUCCACAAACAGGACCAGGCCUUCCUUCAGCGGCUACUAGCGAUGCACAGACUACACCUGGUCUUGCCAAUGGAUCUUCCCCGCCUUUGGGCAGUGGCUUGUUCCCAAGCCCAAGUCUAAACCUAGCUCCGGCUCCUUCCCCAGAAGGGGUCCCGCCGCCUCGGCCGGCUCCUUCCGGUAUGGCUUUGCCUCCGGGUGCUCCGCCCGGAGCUCCGCCGGGAGUGGCCCUUCCUGCGGCUCCGCCUGGAGUUGCGCCACCGGGUGUGGCACCUCCGGGAGUGGCCUUGCCAUCUGGUGCCCCAACUAGAGAACCUCAAGGCCAGCCAAGCUGGAUGACUGGAGGGCCUCCGACUGGUAUGCCACAACCAGCUGGGCAAUCGGCUCCAGUAUCCAGCCCAUUUGCAGAAAGCAAACCGUUGUCCAGCGCUUGGUUGGUCUGCAGAUUCGACAGCCUGGAUGACGGGAGGGCCUCCAGCUGCCCUGUCACAACCAGCUGGGCACUCCGCUCCUGCAUCUAGCCCAUUUGCUGAAAGCAAGCCGUUGUCCAGCCCUUCUUGAGUCAAGCUGCAGAUCCAACAGCCUGGAUGACUGGAGGGCCUCCGACUGGUAUGCCACAACCAGCUGGGCACUCUGCUCCUGCAUCUAGCCCAUUUGCAGAAAGCACGCGGUUGUCCACCCCUUGCCCAAACAGGUUCAACAGCCUGGAUGACUGGAGGGCCUCCGGCUGGCAUGUCGCUACCAGCUGGGCAAUCGGCUCCAGCAUCCAGCCCAUUUGCAGAAAGCAAGCCGUUGUCCAGCCCUUUACACAUUUUUGCAGAUUCCAAAGCUUCUAUGGCUUCAGCGCCGAUAGCGGAGCAACCGUGUCCAGCAUCCAGCCUUUUGGUGGAAAGCAAGCCGCAGUUCAGCCCCCCUGCAGGGCCGCAAGGCCCAGCAACUUCAUCCAGCUCAAGAGGAGUUCUUGCUUUCAGCGCUGAUGGCAAGAUGCUACGAGCUGGUUUGAAUGGGGAUGCGAAGGAGUACAGUGUGCAGGACUUACUGAAGUCAAAUGCAGGGGUUUGGAUGCAGAACUUGGAGUCUUUCCCCGGACCCUUUGGAGGAGUGGAUGGACACACAACCGAGGUACUUCUUGAGUACUUGGAGAAAAUGGCUACGAGGCUUGAUGAUGGUGAUGCCCAGUGCUGCACUUUAGAAUCAGCGGCUGCAUUUCCUGAGUCAGCAGCGACAGCCUGCCGUUUUCUUUGCUGCCUGGUGCGAGCAAACGGUGAUGUGCAGUCCAGCGAAUUCUGGCAGCACUUUUCCCCUGUCCUCGCAAGACGAGCGCAAGCGAUGCGGCGCGAUAGAGAGACAAGCGAUCUUCGAAAAUUUUGU